UGAAGUAGGCAUUUAUAGAGCCAGUAGCCAUCGUUUUCUCCGCAAUCUCUGCAACCCUAGAUUCAAGCUCGAACAUCUAUGGAGAAUUUGCAAAAACAGUUCUUCAUCACUGUUCUGAUCUUACUCCUCCAUCCCACAUUACACUUCUGAGUUACUUGCUUUAGUUAGAAAACCUUUUGUGAAUUCCAAAUUUGUGGAGAAUUCACCGAAUAUGUCAUUUGUUUAUGACAUAAAUUUCUCUGUAGCGAUCGAACAUUCGUGAUUCCUUUGCUUGUUGCUCGAGGUUUUUCAGAUUCCGGCGAGAAAGGCAGGUGGAGGAAGGAAAAUAAGAAACAGAUACACAGAGAAAGAGAGAGAGUGAGGCGGAGUCGGAGUACGCCUUCUCGUCUCGUCAUCUUCGUCAUGUUUCAGCCUAACCACCAGCACUUGAUUUCUCCGAGAGCAUUAUCUACCCGAGAAUCAUCAGCAUUGAAUCCUGUGGAUCGGAAUGAUCCCUUUGGUAUAGUGGAGAGUGAAACACAAAGGGAAGAAUUUCGUAAAGUGGAGUUCAUUAAACUUCAGGAUGAACUACAAAAUUUAGGGCUAAGAAUCAAACACCAUGAAGAGAAUCUUAAAUUUUUGAAGAACUGCAAAAACAGAUUGGAGGAAUCAAUUUUUGACAUCCAAGUUACUCGGGGGAAAUACCAUUCAAGUGAAGUCAAGAAUGAAAAUGAGAAUAACAACCACUUUCAGACUGAGGAGGACACAGUUGAACAGAUACUGCGGCAUGAGAAAUCUGCAGCUGCCAUAUUAUACCAGCUGAAAACUCGUCAUGGGACUCAGGCACCAAAUCUAGCCUUAACAAAGGAUGUGUUGGGUAUUGUAGCUACACUGGGCAAAGUAGAUAAUGAUAACCUUAGUAGAAUUCUGUCAGAGUAUUUAGGUUUGGAGACUAUGCUGGCAAUCGUAUGCAAAACAUAUGAAGGCGUUAAAGCUCUGGAGUUGUAUGACAGGGAAGGCAGGAUCAAUAACUGUACUGGUCUUCAUGGACUUGGAUCUACAAUUGGAAGGCCCGUGGAUGGCCGAUUUCUAGUCAUUUGUCUUGAAAAUUUAAGGCCGUAUGCCGGUGAGUUUGUAGCUGAUGACCCACAGAGGAAGAUUUCUCUUCUGAAGCCAAGAUUGCCAAAUGGGGAUUGUCCAGCUGGAUUUGUUGGCUUUGCUGUGAAUAUGAUCAUUUUGGACAGUGCAAACUUAUUUUUUCUAACUGGUAGUGGACAUGGCCUCAGGGAGACACUAUUCUAUAGCCUUUUCUCACGGUUACAAGUAUAUAGAACAAGAGCAGAAAUGCUACUUGCUGUCCCUUGCAUUAAUGACGGUGCUGUCUCAUUGGAUGGUGGAAUUAUUAGAAGCAAUGGUAUCUUUUACCUGGGAAGUAGGAAAGACACGGAGGUGAGAUUCCCAAUAGACUCUGGAACAACAAAUCUUCCCCCAGACUACAUACAAGCGGAGGAGAAUAUGAAGAAAAUGAACUGGGAAAAAGAGAGACUUCUUGAAGAUAUGCAAAGAGAGCAGGCAUUGAUGAACCAUGUAAAGGGCAAAUAUGAUUCAAAAAAGCAAGAAUUUGUCAAGUUCAUAGCUCAAGGCUCACAUGGUCCAUUUCAGUUUAUCCCUCUCAAGCUCUAAAAGGAGUUAGAUACAAAUUCUCCAUGGAAAGCAAUGAGGAUGAUCUAAUGGUUUCUAGCGAGGACAAGUUGUAAAGUUGGGAAGGGGUCAUGGUAUCAGGCGGUUCGUGUGGUCCUUUGCCCUAAUUUUUCAGAUUAUUGCCUGCACAAGAUGCUCAAUCAGCCAAUGCUUCAAGAUUUUUAAAAGGAUGGUGCCCUCCUUUUCUGAGGAAUGUCAGUUGAUGGGAACUUGAUUAAGUAAAUAAACUCAGCACUGUUUGAAAGAGAGAUCAUUGAAAUGUAAGGGGAAAAGAUGCAUACAUGGUGGAUAAUAUGAUUGAGAUGAAUCACCAAAUUUGAUAUAAGGCUAACUAAGGUGGGUAACAUUAUGGGUUUUCCAUAAAUCCAACUGUCAAAAUGCCAAGUAAUCAAUCCACAUGGUAAAAGUGUCGGCCAUGUAGGAGUCCAUUCCGAGAAAACUUUAUCCUAUUCUUUUUAAGAUUGAGAGUCUGAGACUUGGGUAUCAGUAAGGGAAGUAGAAAUAAUUUGUGCAUUGGUGUUCAUCUCUCUAUGCUAAAUGAUCAGCCUAUCCUGACUAAUCUUACUGAUCAA